GGGGAGACGGGGGUCGGCGGGGCUUGCAGGGCGCCCUGGGACUGAGGCUGGACAGGCACGCGCGGAGGCUGCUGCCAAGAAGUCAAAAUGUUUGGUUUCCACAAGCCAAAGAUGUACAGAAGCUUAGAGGGUUGCUGUAUUUGCAGAGCCAAGUCGUCCAGUUCUCGCUUCACAGACAGCAAGCGCUACGAGAAGGACUUCCAGAGUUGCUUUGGCUUGCACGAGACACGCUCCGGAGACAUCUGUAACGCCUGCGUGCUUCUGGUGAAGAGAUGGAAGAAGCUGCCGGCGGGCUCCAAGAAGAACUGGAAUCACGUGGUCGACGCGCGGGCCGGCCCCAGUCUCAAGACGACGCUAAAACCAAAGAAAGUGAAAACUCUUUCGGGAAGUCGGAUAAAGAGCAACCAGAUCAACAAGCUGCAGAAGGAAUUCAAGCGCCACAACUCGGACGCUCACAGCACCACCUCUAGUGCCUCCCCCGCCCAGUCUCCCUGCUACAGCAACCAGUCGGACGACGGCUCGGACGUGGAGAUGGGCUCCGGGUCCAGCAGGACCCCCGUCUUCUCCUUUCUGGAUCUCACCUACUGGAAGAGGCAGAAGGUGUGCUGCGGGAUCAUCUACAAGGGCCGCUUCGGGGAGGUGCUCAUCGACACGCACCUCUUCAAGCCCUGCUGCGGCAGCAAGAAGGCAGCCGCCGACAAGGCCGAGGAGCCGCGCGCCGAGCCCCCGCCCGCCUCCCCCCGGGAGGAGUGGUGACGCCGCGGCCGCUCCUCGGGCGCCCCUCGUAGUCUAGCGCACGACGACCCUCUUCUUUCACUUGGACACUUGCUAUCCUGCCAAAAGACGGGCUCUAGAGUGGUUUUCGGUGGGUGGUUGGUGGGUUCGUUUUCUUUUUCUAUCCUCUUGGACCGGCUCUGAAGCAGCCUCUCCCGCCUCCUAGAACAGACUGUGCAGAGCGUUCGAGGCCUCGGGGGCCGGGCGGCGCCGCAGCCACACGUAGCUUAGUCUUUCUGUGGGGACGGCCGGGAGGAGCGUUUCGGGGCGCCCCCCGUACUACUGAGCGCCUCCGCCGGGGCGUCUGGGACACGAGCAUACACUGUACAUAGGGUGGCGGAGAGGAGGGACCCCGACACCGGGCUGCCCGCCGGGGGGCACCGUGUUCGCUUUCUGUUGAGUUGCAGCUUUCCAAACAUGGCUGUGUUCGGGCCGGCGCCGUGCUGCCCGGGCUCCUGCCGGACACGUCCCGUCGGGAGGGGGAGGAGGCGGUGGGGCUUCUCUUAAGGCUAGUAGCGGUCCCUGCCCGCUGCCUCCUGGAGAGAGCCCGCGCCCUCCCGCGCCCUCCCGCGGGCUGCCGCCGGCCUGGCCAUUCUCAUUUUCUUCCGGUGUUCUUUUGAAAUGUUUUUUUGUACAUUUUAAUGGCUGCAGUAUGGUAGAAUAUACUAUAAUAUAGAUCA